AGUUUUUUUUCACAUCGAAACACUUGUUGUUGUUGCCCUCGCACCAUUAACAGUCGAGAAUCCAAAACAAAAUGUCAACGUAACGGACGAAUUUCGUCGGCGUCGUGCGGCACUCGAAAUAAGAAAACGGAAAGAAAAACCAAAAACAAAUUUAAUUUGUCGUGUUAUUUUUGUGUGCGAGAAUCCCGCGUUUUGUCGGAGUGCCAAAAUAAAAAAGAUUUAGUGAACCCGGCGCACGGUUUCAAUUUAUUUAUAGUUUUUGAUAAAACAACAAUAAAGGUGGCAACAAAAAAAGUCAACAACAAAAAUCUCAAAGGAAUUAGUGCAAAAAAUUAAAAUGAAUUUCAAAUUGUAAAAAUUUUUUAAAAUAAAUAAACUAGUUUUAUUUAUGUGUAUACGUCUCAUGCAAACAUUUGGCUAGUGUCUAGAAAUUUUGUGAUAACACGACGCCUUAUAAAUUUAAUCGCAAAAAAAAAAAAAAUGUAAAAAUUGUGCGAUAGUAAGAGUUGAAAAAAUCUAAUCUAGAAGCAAGAAAAUAGUGCAGUUUCCGAAUUGAAUUGAAAACAAUUCAAAAAGUGCCUGUCGAGUCAAUAAAUCAAGAAAUAUUCCAACUUUGGAGCUGCUCUCCCUGAAUCUUCCAUAGUCGCGACAUGAAGAAGCCAAAAUAAUUAACAAGAAAUCAAAGUGAGAAAGCGAAGAACACGUUUAAUAAAACAAAUAAGGAGAAUUGAGACUGAGAUUGAGACUGUAACUGUGACUGGAAAAGGAAGUGAGCAAUUGGUUAACAAAGAUGACGACGACGUCGCUGCAUCAGAAGCGUCCCAGCAUUAGCAACUGGUUCAGUUCGUUGCGUCGACAGCCAAAGGCCAAGAAAAGUGUUGGCUCAUUGGAUGGACGCAGUGGUGGGAGCUUUGGCAGCAAACAACAAUUGCAAAGGAGCUGCUUUGAUCUGAGCAGCAACUCGGUGGGAGGUGCCACGCCUCCAGCUGUGGGAGGAGGACUACAGUCUGGAAAUCGCAGUAGUAGCACAUUUUAUAUAGGCACACCAAAAUCAAAAGAGGAGGAGGAUCGCACAAAACUCUUGGGCAAGGAGUUCGAAUUUGGAAGUGGAAGUGGGAGCGGAAGUAGCAGUACCAUCAGCAGUGGCGUCUGCUCGCGUUGUUUUUGUAAUCUAACGGGGAAUCUCUUGAAGAACUCAACGCCAGAGCUGCAAGUGAAAGUGAAGACACCCCGUUCGCCCCGCUCUCCCUCGUUGUCGCCGUUCACCAGUGUUGCCACCUACAAGAUCACCGCGUUGCAAGCUGACAGUCCUCCACCUGCGAGUCCCACAUUGAGCACGGAAAUCGUGAGUUGCAGCGAUGUCAGUCGAAAGGCGGAGCUACUGCGUCUGCCAAGUGAUGAUUCGUCAAACACAGUGUCUACACUCGUCUACAACAUGCGCUCAGAGUUGACGCACAAGACAACGACAACAACAACACGCACUUUGAUUGUCUCCCGACCCGUCGAAUUGUUGCUCAAUGAACGUGGCGAGAUCAUCUCAAAACGUCCUCCACAGGCGCCACGAAAAUCCCGCUCGAAUUCUUUCGGUUGCAUGUUGGAUGUAAAGGAGGAUGAGGAUUCUCUGCAGAGGGGUGAGGGGGAGCCCAGUUCCGUGCUCAGUUCACCGUUGACACCUGAAGCUGAAGCUGAGACGGGAGAUUUGCGGUUCAUUGAUGACAGUUCCAAUUCACAAAGCGAAUCCGAACGCAAUUCACUCAGCCAUAACAAUAACAACAGCACAGCGGACAACAACAACAGCAGCAAACAACUAAAUAACAACAACAACAACAAUCCAAAACGACAACAACAACAACAAGAGACAAAUCUUUGUGAGAGUUGUCGCAUGCUCAUGGAGCGAAAUCGCAAUAAUGCCGAGCAGAGUAAUGUCGUCAUACUGCGACGACCACAGCAAAUUAAAGAUGAACUGUGCGAGGUCGUCUCGGAAAUGGAGGCGCUCGAUGUGCCGGAGGACAAGCAUUCCAAUAAAGAUAAACAAAUGUCAAUUGGACGCAAAAAGUUCAACAUGGAUCCCAAGAAAGGCAUUGAGUAUCUCGUAGAGAAUCGACUGUUGCGUCAUGAUCCCCAGGAUGUGGCGCAUUUCCUUUACAAGGGCGAGGGACUAAACAAAACGGCAAUAGGCGAUUACCUCGGCGAGAAAAACGAUUUCAACGAGGAUGUGCUAAAGGCAUUUGUGGCUCUGCACGAUUUCACCAAUCUGAUACUGGUCCAGGCAUUAAGGCAAUUUCUGUGGUCAUUCCGUUUGCCCGGCGAGGCCCAAAAGAUUGAUCGCAUGAUGGAAUGCUUCGCCCAGCGUUAUUGUCAACUGAAUCUGGAUAUUUUCACUAACACGGAUACCUGCUAUGUGCUCAGCUUCGCCAUCAUCAUGCUCAAUACAUCCCUACACAAUCCAUCGGUCAAAGACAAACCCACCGUUGAGCAAUUCAUUUCGAUGAAUCGUGGCAUCAACAACGGCGGAGAUUUGCCCCGUAGUCUGCUCGAAUCGCUGUACGAAUCCAUAAGGACGGAACCCUUUAAAAUACCCCAAGACGAUGGCAACGAUCUGAUGCAUACCUUCUUCAAUCCGGACAAGGAAGGCUGGCUCUGGAAACAAGGCGGCAGAUACAAAUCGUGGAAGCGACGCUGGUUUAUACUGAACGACAAUUGCCUGUAUUAUUUCGAGUAUACCACGGAUAAGGAACCCCGUGGCAUAAUACCUCUAGAGAAUAUAUCGGUGCGCGAGAUUCAGGAUCGCAGCAAGCCGCAUUGCUUCGAGCUGUUUGCCACAGGCGGCGCUGAUAUCAUCAAGGCAUGCAAGACUGACUCCGAGGGCAAGAACGCUAAGCAGAAGUGUCGAGACUUAGGUGGACACAUGGUCAGCCUGAAAAACCACGAUGUUGAUGGCAGUCAGUGA